GUAAAAACAUGCUUGGUUGCCAAAAAAACAAGAUGAUGAAGAAAUCAGAAAUGGAAGAUUAUGAAGAUAGCAUUUUAGGAAUGUCAGAUGUGGAAAAGACUAUUAAUCGAAAUAAAUAUAUGAGAAAGAAAGACUUGAUAUGGAGAACUACUCUUGAUGAAGAUAUUAUACCUUUUACUAAUUUAAAGCCAUCACUUAAAGAACUCACCCAGGAAGAAAUGAAGAAAAACGAUGCUCCUGAUCAGUUUAACUUCUCUGAAGCAAGUUUAUUUAGGAGCUUCAAGGCCGGUUCCCAUCCACUGUUCAAUAAAGAUAAGCUAAUCUAUAAUUUCAAGACUAACAAGUGGUUCAAAGUCUUGGACCUAAAGACUGAUAAUGAAUACAAUCCAACUUGGGCUAGUCUUGCUAUCAGAGAUGAGUCAGAAACUAUUGAAAUUUCCGAUUCUGAGGAUUUCAGCCAAUUUAAGAGCACCUUAAAAGUCUUUAUCAACAUAAACUUUCAGGAAGGAGAAAGCACAGUAGUAGAAGUGCAUCCUAAAAUAUAUGAAAAGUUCGAGACUGCCUUUGAAGAUGCAUUCCAAGGAGCUGGAGUCAGUAUAGAGUCAUACAAGCUAUUUUUUAAAGGAAAAGAGGUCCCUAAAGACGACUGUAUUGCUAAAAUUGAUGGGAUUUAUGAUGGUUCGACUAUUCUAGCAUCAGAAGGUGUUGGCAAGUCUCACAAGUUCUCAAGAUUUCCACCAAUUAAUGAGAUGCGAUCUAAUUGGUCGAAUAGUGGAAGAAGUUGAGAUGCUGUCAUUUUUGUUCCAAAUCAAAAUAUCAGAGUGUGUGGGUUCAGUACAUAUGCUGCCACUACUGAUUCUCAAUAUGAAAUGAAGUAUUCUGUAACCAUUGAUGGAACAAUAGUAGAGGAAGGCCAAGUUACCGCAUCUGGUUGGGAAGAUAAAUACUUUUACAGGUUCAAACUUGAAGGAGUUUAUCCAGUUAAAGCAGGCCAAAAGAUAGACAUAGGAGUUUGGAUUGCUAAAAAUAUAUCCUCUAGUGAGUAUGUAUCCACAUAUGCAGGUGGGCAAGGUAUGGAUUACGAAAAAGUUGAAAAUGAGCAUAUGGGGCUAUUCAAAAUCGAACCUUCAACUCAAAGCAGGAAUGGAACUUCAGUCUAUGGAGGACACCUUCCAGAAAUAUUCUAUUAUUUGGGCUAGUUUCAAUUCUG